GGUGGCGGCGUCCAAGAUGUCGACCAAGAAUUUCCGAGUCAGUGACGGUGACUGGAUUUGCCCUGACAAAAAAUGUGGAAAUGUAAACUUUGCUAGAAGAACUAGCUGUAAUAGAUGUGGUCGAGAGAAAACAACUGAGGCUAAGAUGAUGAAAGCUGGAGGCACUGAAAUAGGAAAGACACUCACAGAAAAGAGCCGAGGCUUGUUUAGUGCUAAUGACUGGCAGUGUAAAACUUGCAGUAAUAUGAAUUGGGCCAGAAGAUCAGAGUGUAACAUGUGUAAUACUCCAAAGUAUGCUAAGCUGGAAGAAAGAACAGGAUAUGGUGGUGGUUUUAAUGAAAGAGAAAAUGUUGAAUAUAUAGAAAGAGAAGAAUCUGAUGGUGAAUAUGAUGAGUUUGGACGCAAAAAGAAAAAAUACAGAGGGAAGGCAGUUGGUCCUGCAUCUAUUUUAAAGGAAGUUGAAGAUAAAGAAUCUGAGGGAGAAGAAGAGGAUGAGGAUGAAGAUCUUUCUAAAUAUAAAUUAGAUGAGGAUGAGGAUGAAGAUGAUGCUGAUCUCUCAAAGUAUAAUCUUGAUGCCAGUGAAGAAGAAGAUAGUAAUAAAAAGAAAUCUAAUAGACGAAGUCGCUCAAAGUCUCGGUCUUCACAUUCACGAUCUUCAUCACGCUCAUCCUCCCCCUCCAGUUCAAGGUCUAGGUCCAGGUCCCAUUCAAGAAGUUCUUCCAGUUCGCAGUCAAGAUCUCGUUCCAGUUCCAGAGAACGUUCGAGAUCUCGUGGGUCGAAAUCAAGAUCCAGCUCCAGGUCCCACAGGGGCUCUUCUUCCCCACGAAAAAGAUCUUACUCAAGUUCAUCAUCUUCUCCUGAGAGGAACAGAAAGAGAAGUCGUUCUAGAUCUUCUUCAUCUGGUGAUCGCAAAAAAAGACGAACAAGAUCACGGUCACCUGAAAGGCACCACAGGUCACCUUCUGGAUCAUCCCAUUCUGGUUCCCGUUCAAGUUCAAAAAAGAAAUAAUGAAUUAAAAUUUACAUCUUAAAAAAAAAAAAGUCUAGUACAGUGCAUGAAGCGAAGCAUAUUUUUUAAGAAGUUGGUGUCUUACUUGGUCAGAAGUGCUAAAUCUGCUAGUAGAGGUGCAUGCCUUUCAUUGCUUUUCAGAACAAUACAGCUGUGUUUAUUUGUGAAAUUAAAAGUAAAUGGUAUUUUAAGCCAUAAUGUCCCAAAAUAGAUGCUUUGUUUAUCAUUUGUUAUUUACAACCAUCUCAGCUAUAACAAAGUACUUUGUUUUUUAAUUUGAACUCUUGUUUUUCUCAUCUCCAAAUAUGAGCAUUACCUAGGCUUGUCUGGACUUUGGGCACGGAAGCAAGACCGUGGUAAAGUAGUUGGAAACAAUCUGUUUAUGUUAAUCCGGGAAAAGGAGUCAACCUGUUUAUGUUAACCUAUGUCGAAGUGAUUCUUAUUAACUAGUUGUAAAACAGCCAACUGGAAAUGUCUUUAUUUUGAAAUUCCCUAUGUUAAGGGUGCCUUAGAAUCAUUGUUUCUCUUUUAUCCAGUUUUACUUUUUGCACCACCAAGUUUAAUACAGAAAAGUUUUGUGAAUUGGAGAGGAGAAAGGUGUUAUUUAUUUCUCCUUUUCUGACACGUAAUUUUGAGCAAGAAUGCCAAACAGUUCAUCUCUACUAAUAUGGUUGAUGAGAAAAACAUCUUAUUUUUAAAUGUUUAAUAUUUUUAGGAGCUUUGUGUGAUAUCCUUUAAAAAUCUAGUUAUCACAUUAUAGGGUAGACAGUUAAAUCAUAGUUAACGAGGAACAAAUUGAAGAAAGUUUUUGAAGUAUAUUUCUCUUUGGGUGAAAGACCAACAGAUGUGAAUUUAAGUGAACAUUUGCUUUGAGAUGUUUAACUUUAAACACAUUGCGUAAAAUUUUCUUCUGAGUUAUAAAUGAAUGCUUAUUUCCUCAUGACAUAAGCAGGAAUAAUUGUUCCUAUUCACUUGAAAUUACUUAUGGCUUAAAAUACUUUCAAGGUUUAUUUCUCAAAAUUAAAAUCUGGUC